CUAACCCCGAGCUUCCGGUGAGUGAAUGCGUGGUUUGGAUGGACCUGUGAAUUACUAUCAAAAUUCGUCCAACUCAGCCAAUCUCGACGUGAGUGGAACGUCACCGAAAUGCCGGCGUAUUUUCAGCGGCCAGAAAAUGCUCUGAAAAGAGCGAACGAGUUCUUGGAAGUUGGCAAAAAGCAACCUGCUUUGGACGUUUUGUACGAUGUCAUCAAGAGCAAGAAACAUCGAACAUGGCAGAAGAUUCACGAGCCCAUCAUGCUCAAAUACCUGGAGCUCUGUGUGGAUCUCCGCAAGAGCCAUUUGGCCAAGGAAGGUCUCUACCAGUAUAAGAACAUAUGCCAGCAGGUGAACAUUAAAUCUCUGGAGGAUGUGGUUAGAGCUUACCUGAAGCUUGCUGAGGAGAAGACUGAGACGGCAAAGGAGGAGUCUCAGCAGAUGGUCCUGGAUAUUGAGGAUCUGGACAACAUUCAGACUCCUGAAAGUGUGCUUCUGAGUGCAGUGAGUGGAGAAGAUACUCAGGAUCGUACAGAUCGCUUACUGCUCACUCCCUGGGUCAAGUUCCUGUGGGAGUCCUACCGCCAAUGCCUGGAUCUCUUGCGAAACAACUCCAAAGUAGAGCGUCUCUACCAUGACAUUGCUCAACAAGCAUUCAAGUUCUGCCUUCAGUACACUCGUAAAGCCGAGUUUCGCAAGCUGUGUGACAACCUGCGGAUGCAUCUUGGCCAGAUUCAACGUCACCACAACCAGAGCACUGCCAUCAACCUGAACAACCCUGAAAGCCAGUCUAUGCACCUGGAAACAAGACUGGUGCAGCUAGACAGUGCAAUAAGUAUGGAGCUCUGGCAGGAAGCAUUCAAGGCGGUUGAGGACAUCCAUGGGUUGUUUGCUCUUUCCAAGAAGCCUCCCAAACCUCAGUUGAUGGCGAAUUACUACAACAAGGUGUCUACUGUGUUCUGGAAAUCUGGAAAUGCCCUGUUCCACGCCUGUACCCUCCACCGGCUCUAUCAUCUCUCUAGGGAGAUGCGUAAAAAUCUAACCCAAGAGGAGAUGCAGAGGAUGUCCACCAGGGUCCUCUUGGCCACACUGUCAAUUUCUAUCACCCCCGAACGCACCGAUAUAGCUCGACUGCUGGACAUGGAUGGCAUCAUUGUGGAGAAACACCGCAGGCUGGCCACACUGCUUGGUCUGCAGUCACCACCAACUCGUCAGAGUCUCAUCAAUGACAUGGUGAGGUUUAAUUUGCUGCAGUAUGUUGUACCUGAAGUGAAAGAGCUGUACAACUGGCUAGAGGUGGACUUCCAUCCUUUGAAGCUGAGUGGAAGAGUCACCAAGGUGCUGAACUGGGUAAGAGAUCAGGCUGAAAAGGAGUCUGAUCUGCAGCAGUAUGUCCCUCAGCUGCAGAGUAACACUAUCCUACGGCUUUUGCAGCAGGUUGCACAGAUUUACCAAAGCAUUGAAUUCAGCCGCCUGGCAUCCCUGGUUCCUUUUGUGGAUGCCUUUCAUCUAGAACGUGCCAUUGUAGAUGCUGCCCGCCACUGUGAUUUGCAGGUACGCUUAGACCAUACCUCUCGAACACUGAGCUUUGGGUCUGAUCUGAACUAUUCGACUAAAGAGGACUCCCCAGUUGGGCCAUUCCUGCAGAACAUGCCAUCAGAGCAGAUAAGGAACCAGCUUACUGCCAUGUCUGCUUCUUUGGCAAAAGCCAUUCAGGUCAUCAAGCCUUCCUCCACCCUGCAAGAGCGUGAGGAGCAGAACCAGCAGGCCAUUGUUGCCUAUUUGAAAAAUGCCCGCAAGGACCACCAGCGCAUCUUGGCUCGUAGACAAACCAUUGAAGAGCGUAAGGAACGCCUGGAGAGCCUUAACAUUCAGCGUGAGAAGGAGGAGCUUGAGCAACGGGAAGCUGAGAUGCAGAAGGUUCGCAAGGCUGAGGAAGAGCGCCUACUUCUGGAGGCCAAAGAGAGAGAGAAGGAGCGCAUCAUGCAGGAGCAUGAACAGAUCAAGAAGAAAACAGUGCGCGAACGUCUGGAGCAGAUUAAGAAGACUGAACUUGGAGCAAAGGCCUUCAAGGAUAUUGAUAUUGAGGACCUGGAGGAACUGGAUCCUGACUUCAUCAUGGCCAAGCAGGUGGAGCAGUUGGAAAAAGAGAAGAAAGAGCUGCAGGAGCGUCUGAAGAACCAGGAGAAGAAGAUUGACUACUUUGAGAGAGCAAAACGUCUUGAUGAAAUUCCUCUGAGUAAAAAGGCUUUUGAGGAGCAGCGGAUCAAAGACAUGGAACUCUGGGAGCUCCAGGAGGAGGAGAGGAUCAGUAACAUGAAAGUUGAACGGGAGAAGGCUCUGGAGCAUAAGAAGAGAAUGUCUAGGAUGAUCGAGGACAAAGAAAAUUUCUUGUCUAAAAUAACUGCAGCUCGUAGCUUUAUUUAUGAGGAAAAACUGAAAGCCUUCCAGGAGCGUUUGGUGGAAGAAAGGAAAAAGCGCCUGGAAGAAAGGAAAAGACAGCGCAGAGAAGACAGGCGUAAUGCCUACUACCGGCAGAAAGAGGAAGAGGCACAGCGUAUCCAUGAGGAGCAGCUGAAAAAAGAGCGUGAGGAGCGUGAACGCCUGGAGCAAGAACAGCGAGAGGAGGAGGAAAGAGAGUAUCAGGAGCGCCUCCGGAAACUAGAGGAACAAGAACGGAAACAGCGUGCUCGUCAGCAGGAAAUUGAGGAGCGAGAACGUCGUCGUGAGGAGGAGAGAAGAGUCCCAGAAGAGAAAUCCAAGCAGGAAUGGGGCGACAAGGAUGAGGGAGGAUGGAGGCGGCGCACUGAUGGGGGUGAAUCAGAUUGGCGACGUCCUGUGCCUGACAAGGACUGGAGACAAGAAGGUCGUGAAGAUGACAAGGAAUUGACUCCUUUCAGACGUGGAAAUGGUCCCCGCAGGGGUGGAGAUGACAGAGGACUUCGUCGGGGCUUUGAUGAUGACAGAGUACUGCGACGUGGUGAUGAUGAGGAGCAUACUCCACGCAGAGGAAUGGAUGAAGACUAUCCACCACGCAGAAGGAUGGAUGAUGACCGUCCUCCGCGCAGAGGGUUAGAAGAUGACCGUACUCCACGCAGAGCGAUCGAUGAUGACCGUCCCCCUCGUCGAGGGUUGGAUGACGACCGUCCCCCGCGUCGAGGGUUGGAUGAUGACCGUCCCCCGCGUCGAGGGUUGGAUGACGACCGUCCCCCGCGUCGAGGGUUGGAUGACGACCGUCCCCCGCGUCGAGGGUUAGAUGACGACCGUCCCCCGCGUCGAGGGUUAGAUGACGACCGGCCUCCUCGCCGAGGGAUGGACGACGACUGGCCUCCUCGCCGAGGGAUGGACGACGACUAUCCUUCACGUAGAGGUUUUGAUGAUGACCGUGGUCCAAGACGGGGAUUUGAUGAAGACAGAGGUUCUCGCAGGAGUAUGGAUGAUUCCCGAGGUCCGAGACGUGGCACUGAUAGUGAUUGGGGUCCCAGAAGAGGAGAUGAUGGACCACGACGUGGCGGUGAUGACUCCAAACCAUGGAAGCCUCUUGGAAGACCUGGUGGCUGGCGUGAGCGGGAAAAAGCCCGGGAGGAAAGCUGGGGGCCUCCUCGUAGUGGUUCUAAUGAUGACGGAGGUGAAGGUGAAGGAGAUGAAAGAUACAGAGACCGACGUCCAUACAGAGAGGAAAGUAACUGGAGGAGAGCGGUUCCAGAUGAAGGAAGCAGCUGGAGAGACUCUCGUCGAGAUGACGCAGACCGUGACCGUGAUGACCGCCAAAGUGACCGUCGUGAUAGAGACCGCCGAGAUGAUCGUGAACACAGAGGCCCACCCAGAGAUCCUGACGAGGGAGGCUCUUGGCGCCGUGGUGAUGAUAAGCGGGAGGAGCGAGACCGAGAUCGUCCAAAGGAUCGGGAUACUGAGGGAGAAAAGAAUUGGCGCACUGACAAGGAGAGCGCUCGUCGCACCAAGAAUGAGACAGACGAUGACGGAUGGACUACUGUCCGCCGCUGAGUCUCAAUUUGCGUAAUGAUAAAAUGUCCUGAUAUAAUCAUUUUUGGCACCCUGUCAGCCCCACGUUCACCAGUUAUGACAACAGAGAAGCAUUAAUGACAUUAGUGUCACUAAUGUCAUUAAUGAAACAUGUCUACAUGAAUAAAUCAGGGUGAAAUCCCUUUCUCUGACUUUCAGCUGUUUUGAAGACAUCAAAAAAGGCUAGUUAGCUUGUCCCCGGUGGUUUGGAGUGUUAUCACAUGAGGAUGAAUCUUUGUUGAAAACAAUACACCACCACUUUUCCAGAUUGAUUUGAUGUUCAAUAAAUGGUCUCUUUUAAAUGAUAAGCUGUUCUACCAGUGUGCGGAUACAGACGAGUUUCUCAUCUGCUUCCAUGAUUUGUGGCUCUCAGCUAAUCAUUCUUGAAGCUUCUUAAUCUAUUAAAUAGCAAAAUUUUCAUUCUGAGAUGCAUGUUGGAGUACUGGACUGACCUCACUUGAUAUUCCUUGUGCGGUUCUUUCUUGCUGCAGUCACAGGUGUUAGCCCAGGUUGCAUGUGUGCAGACAAAACCUUCAUUAAUAAAGAUGUUUGCUGAACAGUUA